AAAAAAACACAUCUCAUCCUUUCUCUCUCCUCUUUCUCUCUCUCUCUAUUUCCAGAUCGAAAACUUCUCUCUCUCCUUCUUCGCAAAUGCCUUUGUCACGGUCCCUCCUUUCGCGGAGAAUCUCGAACUCGUUCAGGGAUCGUCAGGGAGAGACGGCACCGGAACCUGAUUCGAUCCCGCCGCCGUCGGACAUGGCUGGGUCGUCGUGGUCGGCGAUGCUCCCUGAGUUGCUGGGCGAGAUCAUUCGCCGCGUGGAGGAGACUGAGGACCGUUGGCCUCAACGUCGUGAUGUAGUCACUUGCGCCUGCGUUUCGAAGAAAUGGAGAGAAAUCACUCUGGAUUUUGCUAGAUCGCCUCUUAACUCCGGCAAAAUCACUUUCCCUUCUUGCCUUAAAUUGCCAGGUCCUCGAGACUUUUCGAAUCAGUGCUUGAUAAAGAGGAACAAGAAGACAUCAACUUUUUACUUGUAUCUUGCUCUAACUCCAUCAUUCACUGAUAAAGGAAAGUUUCUUCUGGCGGCACGAAGGUUCAGGACUGGUGCUUACACUGAGUACAUCGUUUCACUCGACGCUGAUGAUUUCUCUCAGGGAAGUAAUGCCUACGUUGGAAAAUUAAGAUCAGAUUUUCUUGGGACAAACUUUACAGUAUACGAUAGCCAACCGCCACAUAACGGAGCGAAGCCUUCAAACGGUAAAGCCAGUCGCAGAUUUGCAUCGAAGCAGAUAAGCCCUCAAGUUCCAGCAGGCAACUUUGAGGUCGGUCAUGUUUCUUAUAAAUUCAACCUCUUGAAAUCAAGAGGUCCAAGAAGAAUGGUAAGCACACUCCGAUGCCCAUCCUCAUCGUUGUCAUCAUCAUCAUCAUCGGCUGGACUCUGUUUGGACCAAAAGCCAUGUGAUGUAACCAAAAUAAUGAAAAAACACAACAAGGAUGGUUCCAGCUUCACAAUACUAAAGAACAAAGCUCCGCGAUGGCACGAGCACUUGCAAUGCUGGUGUCUAAACUUCCAUGGACGAGUAACCGUUGCGUCAGUGAAGAACUUCCAGCUGGUUGCGACAGUGGACCAAAGUCAACCGAGCGGUAAAGGAGAUGAAGAAACAGUUCUUCUACAGUUUGGUAAAGUGGGAGAUGACACUUUCACUAUGGAUUAUAGACAGCCUCUCUCUGCAUUUCAGGCUUUUGCUAUCUGUCUCACAAGUUUCGGCACUAAACUUGCCUGCGAGUGAGUGAUAAAACCCAGCAAAAGGCAACACACGUAAAAAAAAAAAGUAUUUAAAAAAAAAAGCGAAGGUCUCUGCAGAAUGUUGUAAUGUUUUUGUUGUAAUCAUGUUGUAAGUGUAAACGCAAGGUAUGUGGAAGGAGAAGCACAUAAAUUAUUACUUAUGUAAUAAACAAAACUGUAAUUUGUAAACCCAAAAUCAAAAGUGUAUCUCUUAAAUAUUAAUGUGCUUUUUGUUAUCAUUA